AAGCUUAAGAUCAGCAGUGAAUCAAAAUGGCGGCACAGGUGAAGCAAAUGCUACACACUCUCUCCAAUGCUGGUGGUUCCCAUAAGGAUAUUACAGGGAAAUAUCGCGAAAUUUUGGAGAAAAUUUUCAAAUUUCAAGAGCCAUCUCUCACGGAAGGCCUCAAGACUUUCACUGAAGCUUUGGUUCAUGAAAAUGUAAGCCUUGUUGUAUCAAGACAGAUUUUAAGUGAACUUUGUAAUCACAUUCCAAACAUGGAUGCAUCUUGUGCAAAGCAGGUGUCACAUUUUGUCUUGGACAAAUUACAACCAAGAGCCAUAUCUUUUGAGGAACAGGUUGCAGUAAUAAGGAAGCAUUUGGCCAAAAUAUAUGAGGAUUGCCAGGAAUGGCGAGAAGCUGCCAGGGUGCUCACUGGAAUUCCUGUGGAGUCAGGGCAAAGGCAGUAUUCAAUAGAUUAUAAAUUGGAAACUUACCUGAAGAUUGCACAGUUGUAUUUGGAGGAUGAAGAUCCUGUUCAGGCUGAAGCAUACAUAAACAGAGCAUUAAUCCUCCAAGCAGAUACAAAGACAGAGAAACUACAGAUACUUUACAAGGUUUGCUAUGCUCGUCUUUUGGACUACAAACGGAAAUUCAUUGAAGCUGCACAACGCUACCUUGACCUAUCAUACAAUACAGCAAUACAUGAUGAUGAGCGAAUGACAGCCCUUAAGCAUGCCCUGAUAUGUGCUAUCCUUGCUUCAGCUGGGCAGCAAAGGUCAAGGAUGCUUGCGAACCUGUUUAAAGAUGAACGCUGUCAGCACCUACCUGCCUAUGGAAUCCUUGAAAAAAUGUAUUUAGAUAGGAUAAUUCGUGGACCAGAACUUCAUGAAUUUGCUGCCAUGUUAAUGCCUCAUCAAAAAGCGUCAACUGCAGAUGGUUCGAGUAUCCUUGACAGGGCUGUUAUUGAACACAAUUUACUCUCUGCCAGUAAACUCUAUAAUAACAUCACCUUUGAGGAACUCGGAGCUUUAUUGGAAAUACCGCCAACCAAGGCCGAGAGGAUUGCAUCCCAGAUGAUUUCUGAAGGACGCAUGUCUGGAUCUAUAGAUCAAAUUGAUGGAGUUGUGCAUUUUGAAACUCAAGAGGUGCUUCCCUCGUGGGAUAGACAAGUUCAGAAUCUGUGCUUUCAGGUCAACAACGUGAUAGAAAAGAUCAACAGUUUUGCUCCAGAGUGGGCAGCUAAGUACAAUGAAUCACAAAUGAUAUCUUGAAGUUUCAAGCUAAGUGGCAACUGUAAAUAGGACAGAGCAUGCAUGCGAAAAGCACAUUGGAUGUUACUGUCGACGAUUUAUUGUUCCUUUCCUAAACGUUAAACGUGGAAGAAAGUGCUGUGGAAUAAGAUUUUCUGUAAGUUUGUGAUUGCUGUUCGUGUAUUAAAUCUGACAAUUUCUUUAACUCUUGAAAUAAAUUUUUUGUAUUAGAGAAUUGA